CUAACCUCACCGAACCAGCAGUGAACCUCAUGAGUGCCUACGUGCCGUGAAGAGAAGUUUUUCUUUCGACCAGAUCGAUUCGAGGAAGGAGCACUGGAGAUCUGGCUUGCAUGUGACGCUCUUUCCGAAACAACCACGAUUGUUGUUACAAGCGGCAGCACAAGCACCAAGGUCCUCUCGCCUCGUCAUGCUUCUAGUCAUCGACACCGCACUCCAAGUUUCAAAGUCGGCUCAACGCAUUACAUGCAUCAUCUUCGACUCGAACACAACAAACCCUCCUUUAUCUCUCGACGUGUCUGACUACCCUGACGUCGAGACCAUGGCAGAGCAUUCCUCGAAGCUGGUCUUACCUCUGCAUACUCCUAGAUACUUGGCUGACUGACAAUCCGUAGUGUCUUCCACUCACGGCUCUUCACCUUCCGCGCAGGCGAGAACGGCGCAUCCACCACAGUCCACUCGGGCGCUGUUACUGCAGUCUCGAUUCCUCUCAAGCUGUUAAUGGAAGAAGAAACACCUGAUGGUCUUCGCACUAGCGCCACUCUCGAUGGUGUGCGCGAAGAAGAUCUUCUGCGUUUCUGCGACUUCUGUUACACCUCCACCUACACCGAUCCUUACCCUAUGGUGGUCAAGCCAGCCACUCCUGCUAUUGAAAACGGCUCGAACGACGGUAAUGGCGCAAGCAACUCUUCCUCUUUACUCAUCACCGAGGGCACGAGCCUCCAGCCGCCUGCCUCGAAGCGCGUCCGCACCGAGUCACCGUCUCGCUCGCUCAAUGGCUUUGGCAAACCGGGCCUCAUCGGCACCUCACCAAACACCGAUGUUGCCAAUUCUCUCAACGUCAACAACAAGAUGAAGCUGCACGGUGUAUUCAACAACACUACCUACACAAACACCACUUCGCGUGUCUUCGGUGCAAACAUCAGAGCCAAGCCCAACGGCAUUUCGAACAACGACGACCACACCACCGUGUUCAUCGCCCAUGCUGCCAUGCACGCUCUUGCCAUCAACUACGAGAUAAUCAAACUCAAGGUGAUCUCAUUGCAGAAGCUGAACGAUAAGCUGAUGCGUUUCGAGUGCACAGCCGAGCGUGUUGGUGAUGUACUGGCUCUGGUACGUUGGGUAUACAAGACUGAACGCGAGAUGCGCCGUGAUAUGCCUGAGCUCAAGGACCUCGUUGUCAGAUAUGUCGCCUCUGAAGUCAGCGGCUUUGGCAAGAGCGAAGAGUUUGGCGCACUGCUGCAGGAAGGUGGACUCUUUGUCAGCGACCUUUGGGCCAUCACACAAAGUACCUUGCUUUAGGUGGGUUCAGGUCAGAAAUCAGCAAAACUUCUGUCAACAAAGGCUGGAAUGCAGGACACGAGCAUGUGUCUGCUCUUGUGUAAGAAAGAGGGUAGGAAAAGAGAAAAGUGAUCUCCUCGUCAGAUCCGAAUAAGAACUGCAUGUCGUGGAGUCGUGGACAUCUCGCUUCCGUAUGUCAACCGACAUGCGCUAGGUCCUGCCGCAGCCAAAGAGUCUAUCAGCAAUUCAAACAUAAUUCCAAAAAAUCCCUCAGCAAUCGUGUUCCUGAUGCGGUCUCAAUGUGAAAAUCGAUCUUCGACAUCGUGACCUGUAGCAAUCAUCAAGCACGACACGUGCAGAGCUGCAGAACUCACCAGCC